GACAACUAAUAGCGUGUGAGGUGUAACGGCCUAAAUUUCAGGUUAAGCUUAUUUGUUUCGUUUAUAUUACAAAUAAUAAUUAAUUUCAUAGAAAAUAAUCAAUUUCUUCAAGCAUAGGAAAAACUGAACCAUAAAAAAUGAAACUAUUAGGUACUUAAUACAUUAAAAAGCAUUUAUAAUAAUUUCCUGUCACUAUAUUACAAAUGUUUAUAACGUCGUGUAUUAAUUCUCGUAGACUCUAUAUACUAUUCCGAUAAUUAAAACUAGUUAAGUGAUAAAAACUAUUCGGCUAUCGUAAAUUAUGGAAAUUUCAACCUAAAUGAUCUUAUAAAAAAAUCACUUGCAAAUUAUAGUUUAAAUAGUUUUAUUUUAAAAUAAUAUCGUGCAGUUCUUUCGUUGAAUUAUUACUAGAAACAUGCUUUUAACGGUUCUAUUUGCAAUACUUGCAUCCAGUUUAGCAAACCACUGCGACUUUAAAACCAAUAAAAUAUUUACAGUGAACGUGUAUAAGGAACUAGUUAAUCAAUCCGGAAAUGAUAAUUUGGUCGCGAGUGGACUUUCCGCUAAAAUUGUUUUAUCUUUGCUAGCCAACGGCGCUAAAGGAGAAACUUUAAAUCAACUACUGAAAGGACUAAAUCUACAGGACGAUAUAAAAUCUAUAAAUAAUGCAAAUAAACAAAUUUUAACUAAUUUAAAUAAAAAUGAAGUUGAUUUGAGUCUGGUAUUAGCAAAUAAAAUCUACCCAGCGCAGUAUUGUUCUAUUACGGAUAAAUUCAAUGCAACAGCUGUUGAAUAUUAUAGCAGUUCUAUAGAAACUGUAGAUUACGCCAAUCCAUCGAAUGCAGCGAAUAUUAUUAACCAAUGGGUAGAGAAACAAACCAAUCACAGAAUUAAGGACUUGAUUGACGCUUCCUUACUAACCACCUCGACUGCGCUGGUUCUAGUAAACGCUCUUUAUCUGAGCGGUAAAUGGCAGCACGAAUUUAAAAAGGAUAAUACCGAAAAAGGGGAUUUUCACGCGGUUACCGGUACCAAACAAAUGGAUAUGAUGUUCACUGAAGCUUUAUGUAAAUACAGCUACAGUGAAAAAUUCAAAGUUAAAUAUUUGGAAUUGAAUUUGGUGGGCGAACAAGUGAGCGUCAUUUUUAUAUUACCAGAUGAUUUGAAAGGGCUGAAAAAAAUCGAGGAAAAUUUGGCGGAAUACAUCGAAAAACGGGAUAUGGAAGAAGUUGCUGUUGCGAUUACGUUACCCAAAUUUAAAAUCACUUCCAAAAUCGAUUUCAAACCAAUAUUAAAAUCGCUGGGAAUCGAACGAAUAUUCACGAAUGAAGCUGAUUUAUCCGGAAUCUCGAAUAAUAGUAAAUUGAUUGUUGAUUUUAUUUUACAAAAAGCGUAUAUCGAUGUUAACGAAGAAGGAAUAGAAGCAGCAGCUGCAAGUGCAAUUGGGAUAAGCCGAAUGUCUGCUAUUACAGGAAAUGUUAAUUACACGUUUACUGCCGAUCAUCCAUUUUUAUUUUACAUUAAAGAAAAUAAUUACGACCAAAUAUUAUUUAUAGGCAGAUUUAACCAAUAGAAUAUAUAUGUAAUGAAUUUUAAUAGUAGAAUAAAAAGUUUUACGAAAA